GGUACCUGCUCCCAGAGAUGCUCUGUCCAGUACCUCUUGCGGCCAUCUACUGCUAUUGCGUCUGUACUUCGUUGCUGUAGGGUGUAUGUACACUUUGGGAGUAGCAACCCGUCUGGGAGCUACUGCUACAAGAACCCAUCAGAGUUCUACCAGCCGGCGUGCUGCAGCUCGGAUAGAGACACACGACAGCUCCGAGGGAGGAAGAUGAGCUCGGGCGAGAGCUUGAGGUCCAGUGGGCGAUCAUCCCAGAGAUUCAGCGAGGUCCUUUCCCAUGGGCCCACGGCUAUCCCGGCCCGGGAAGACAUGGACGCGGCCAUAUCGAGCGCGCUAGCGGUAGACGACCUGGGGUUCGGACGCCAAGCGCACAGCAAUGGCGAACAGGUAGAACAGCCCUCGGACUCGCGGAGCCAGCCCCGCCGCAUCGACGGCGCGAAUAGCAGGCCACCCUACACCGGGCCUACGGCAGGCCCCGCACGGGUUCCAAACGCCGCUAACGCCGCUACUACCACCACCACGAUUCCUGUCCAAAACCGUGCAGGCGUUGGCGUUGGCGGCGGCGAGGGCGGCGGCUUACACCCCCGUGCAAACGGUGUCGGCGCCGGCGUCGCCAGCAACAGCAGCAAUGGCUGUGGCGGCGGUGGCGGGCUACUGGACUGGGCGCUGUGGCCCCUGUGGGGCACGAUCGACGCGCUCAAGUGGGCGGGGGGCACCGUGAACGAGGUCGCGGUCGCCCCCGUCAUCCGCAUGGCCAGCCCGUGGGGGCUCGCGGGCUCGGUCCUGACGACGGUCAAGGCCUUCACCCCGCAGCGAGCGCGGGACCUCGCCCGCGUGGUCGGGAACUUCGGGCUCAACGCCGCGGGCCUCGUGCAGACCCCGGCCGGGGUCGAGCUGUUGCGCUCGAGCGGCCGGGCGACGGGGUCGCUGUCGACGGCGGUUUCGUCUCCUGCGGGGAGGCAGUUCUUGCUGGAGUCAGCGACCGGGCUGGUGAAGCUCGCCGAGGCUCUCGAUACCCCCGAGGCGAAGAAUUUCAUCCAGCAGGGGGCCGUGAUCGCGGCCAGGGGGAUGGACGCGCUGGCGAGCCGCCACACCAAGAUCUUUGUCAAGGACCUCGCUGAUGUCAUCGUCCGCCUGGUGGAACUCGCCAACUCUCGCGAGGCCACCAUCCUGGCUGCCGAGUUCACCGUAAACGUCGAGCAUGCUCUCGAGAUGGAGCACAUGGCCGGCAUCGCCAGGAGAGCGGCGGCCAAAGCCGCCGCCGCCGCGGCCACAGCUGAUGCCGAUCCCGGGUUAGCGGCGGGGGACGCGCACGCACCCCGUGCGGGCGGUGACGGGACGGAGCCUAACCUUGGGCUUGCCGACGAUGUGGUCGGCCCCGCCGCGAGAGAACCGGAGGCCAACGGGGGCCCCGUGUGUGCCGCGGGCGGCGAACAGACGUUGGAUGACCUUGUGCGCGAGGCCCGCGCAGAGCGAGCUCACCGAGAAAGCGGUGGCACGGGAGGACCGAGGAGCGCGGGCCACGAAAGAGGCGGCAGCGACGGAAGUGUCCUCGCCGUCGGUGGGCCCGAAGGCUGCUACCCUAGCCGAAGCGGGGAAGGGCGGCCGAGCGGCAACGACCCGACGGAUGCGGACCACCGCGCCGGCGUCACGCCUGUCAUCAGGCAGGCGGAUCUCGCGGGGGACACGCCGCUGAGGACGUUCCUUGAUGCAGCCGGCGGCACCGCGCCCGUGGUGCGCCCUCCCGGUGACACCUCGCGCAGCGCACCGUCGAGCCCUGGGGGCUGGCACGCCCAUGCUGCUACGGCGGCAGCGGCGGCGGCGGCGGCGGGUGCCGUCCCCGCCCUGCCUACUCUCGGCGGACAGUGCGCGGGCAAUCGUGAGCGAGCGAGCACCGUCACGGGAGCUGGAGACGACGGGGUGAGGGGUGGCACGGCGGAGGAGGCGUAUGGGAUUUCGGGCGGCGCGGGAUUUACUGCGGGGUGUCGCGGUGGUGGCGAGAAUGACGGGACGGAGAGCGUCUUGAGCGGCGCUCGCCCCCCCGCCGUCGAGUACGAGCGCGACGGGAACGCCAGGCUGCCGAGGUUUACCUCCGAGCACUUCGAGUCCGUCCUGCGGGGGCAGCCCCUGGGCCUGGAGCUGCAGCUGGAGGCUCCGAACGAAGACAGCGUGGAUGACACCGUCGCGAGAGCCGCCUCCUCGAGGGUCCCUCUGGAGGGCGCACCCCCGCCCUCCCCCAGGGUAGACGCAGGUAACGCUCCCGGCAAUGCUGUGCAAGAGACGACGGGGCAGGAUGCUCCGCCUCGGGAGGGGAAGGGAGUUUCUGUGCCCUCCACCGCUGAGGCACGGAGCUGGAAGCAGGCAGGGUUCGCGUGCCUGCUGCUGUUCUUCGCGGGGGACGGCUUGAGGUACCGGUGGAAAGCCGGGUUCCGCGGCGAGAAAACGGUGCACGAGAACAUUUCAAUGCCCCCACCACCCCCCACCCCGGGACCACCCAAACCCGGUUAUUUGGCCACCGAUGGGCGAAACAGCGUGUUUGGGGUAACUUUUCUGCCCCCUGCGUGUAAAGACCCGGUGUCGGGUGCGACCAUGGCGGUCUGGGUAGCACCUUCUGGCCCGUGUUUGUCGCCAGCUUCUGUGUCCGGUGGCGGGGCGGGGAGGACGGAGGGGUUGUUGGGUGGAGGGGGGGAACCCGCCUGCUCGGCAUCCUUUCGAUUGUGCAGCGCUGCCGAGGUUGGAGCGCGUGGGGGGACAAAAGUAUAAUAUAAGAGACGGUCUAAAUAGCAAGUUAACCUUUUUGCCCCGGGGGCGUUUCUGCUCGAUUUUGAUGUAGAUGGUGUGCAACCAAUUUGGUGUUGUGUCGUACUGUGUCUUUUCGGGGGAAAGUGUAUUUCAUUUAUUAGUUUGAACCCCGCAGCAAUUUUGAUUGAUUACGGUAUAAAAGUAGGUCCCGUGUUUCGAUGAAAAGAGCAACUUGUGUAUAGACGAGAGGUCUUGCUGGGUGUUCCCUUGUAUUGAGGGGGGCAAGAAGGAGGAGAAAAGGGUGAAGGACUGAUUCAAGCGUUUCUUUGGUUCUUACAGCUGGGCAAACGAAGCCCUCUUAAUCUAUUCGAACAUUGAAUUUCGAACUAGAAAGCUAUCUAUUGUAUCGCAGCUUGCCUCGGGCAACCGUGCUGGUCCUCUACGUAAUUCUAACUUGCUAGUGAUCUACUUGACAGGAUCUUCAGGAACCUCCCGCGUGGGCGGUCUGUGGCCGUCUGCGCCCGCAGCUAGUUUCUGGGAAGCAUUGUACAUGGGCACGCAUCAGUCAGUUGUGACCAGAUUAUGCAUGUCAACCAUGAAUCCCUUUGUGCCGACAACGCCGAGUCCAAGACUCAGGUGGGUGCACACCGCACAUGACAAAAGUCAGUGCUAAUAGAAGCUGCUUCUCGUGUGCGUCGGGUUGCUGUCUGAUCGGACCAAUUGACAAAUUUUUAAUGUGGCGUUCGUUCGGGAUGGGGCGUUUUGGGGGACGCAUACCACUAGUGCCACCGUCGCUCUGGCCUUUUUUUCAGGCCUGAAGGUUUCGUGUGCAAUAGUGGGUCGACAAAAACCUGACGUACUUUAGGUGGCGAGG